AUGCGCGUCCAGCUCAAGCACGUCCUGCCCUUGGCUCUCCUCCUCACUGGCGUUGCGGCCAAGACGACGACCGACGAUUCUUCCAGCACCGCGGUUUCAGACGCUUCGGCCACGGCCGACCAGACCACUGCGACUACCGACGCUACAAACACGGGUGACGAGAGCAGCACGGCAACAGGCAAAGCAGCAGACAAGACGAGCAAGACGGAUAAGAAAACCACCAAGACCAAGGCGGACAAGACCACCACGGCUGCGCAAGAUACCUGGGUAGCCUCUGUUCAGGCGACGGUAGCUCCCGACCUCAACGCCGGCGCCGUCUCGCUCAAGGACCCAGGCUUCAUUGUCCUCGGCCUGGCAUUCGGCAUGAUGAUGGUCGGCACCGCAUUCCUUUGA